AUGACUGCAAGAACGUCACCAAGAAUGCGAGCCCCACUACUGACACCUCACAGCCACCCAUCCCCCAGCACUCAACUCCACCAACCACCCACCUCACGACCCCCACCUCCUCCCCCCCGCGCACCACCACCACACAACCACCUCUCUCAACAAAUCACCACUGUCCAAUUCGUCCCUGCUCCCUCAACCCCGCGCGCGACCACCACCCCUGGCGCCAUAGAUCCCCCUUACAGACAAAUCGACACACUCCCCUUCAACUAUCGCCAUACUCCCACCUCUCACUCCCACUCAACAUCCUCUCCACCCCUCAUACCUCCCUCUAGUCCCCUUUGA